AUGGAACAUACUUCUUUUGACAAGAAAAUAAACAGAAAAUUGCAAUCAUUUGCAAAGACUCAUGCUGAUAACGAAGAACAAGUACGACAACAUGCACGACUAGGCGAACCAAGUCAGCUUUAUUUUGCAUGCAGAAAUGGAGAUAUUGAUAAAGUCAAACAAAUAUUACCUACCAUUCCUUAUGAUCGAUUAAACCAGUCAGAACCUGAUGGAAGUACUCCACUUCAUACUGCAACAUUCUUUGGUCAUUUAGAAAUUGUUCGUCUACUUCUACAUGAAUAUGGUUGUCCACGUCAUCGACAAAAUCUUCAUGGAUUAACAGCAUAUGAAGAAGCACAAACAGAUGAAAUGCGACAACUCUAUCAUCGACCAUCAAAUAAAAAUCGUUUCUUGGAUGAAUCAAACAGUGGGAAACGAACAUUUCAAAUUGUUUCAUCAUUUCCAGAUAGAACUGAAUUAGACGACCAUGAUAAUGAUGAUCAUAAUGGUAAUGACGAUGACCACAAUGGUAAUCGUGAUGAUGAUGAUGAUGAUGUUGCUCAGCCAAACAAAAAAUGGCUUACUAAGUAUCAGACAAAUGAAGAAAUAAAAAGACAAUUAGAUGGUCUUAGUGGUGUGAAAAGAAUGCUUCAAUCACGAGUAGGACGAUUCAUCAUGAAAACAUCCAUGAAACAUAGAAUUUGCAAAGCGGACUGUGGGUAUGGUGAUGAAGAAUUAGCAUAUGUUGCAAAUGAGGGAUUUGAACGUCACACUUUGAAAAAAUUGUUAGAUGAAUAUGUCACUCCUGAUCAUCCUGAAUAUAAACACUGUUGCUUCCUACUUAAUCAAUAUAUUCAACAAGGUACAAUUGAAUCCUUAUUGACACUCUAUUCAUUGGAAACACCAUUUUAUCAACAAUUUUGGACUAACACGAAUCCAUUAGCAUUUCCAUUGUUUAUGCGUCUUUCAGAUUUGAAACAACGUCAUUUUCAAGGUAACUCUUAUCGGGGUAUUAAUAUGAUGCAUGAUGAAUUAAAUGAAUAUCGGUGGGCAUUGAAAACUAAGGACAGUGUCAUAUCAACAGCAACGUUUGCAUCGACAUCUAUUAUUCGAUCUGUAGCUGAAGAUUUCGCUGCUCAGGCCUCAUUGUCACCCGACAAAAUAAAUGUUUUAUUAAUAUUUCAUUUUCCGCAACCAUGCGAUACAGCAAUUAACUUAAGCAAGUUGCCUGAAUAUGGUCUACCAUGUAUAUCGAAUUUCGAAAAUGAAUAUGAAGUAUUGGUUGGUCCACGAACAUUUUUCAAAGUUAAGAAAAUAGAAAUCAAUGUAUCGAAUGGACAACAUAUAAUUUAUCUAGAAAACUUAUGUGGUGAACAGAAAAGUAUAUUGAGUACGAUGAAAUUUUUCAUAAAACAAGAACUAAUUAAUCGACUUCGUCAUUGA